AUGGCCACCUCGAGGCUACCAGUUCUGGCUCUGCCCCACCCUCUGAUCCUCCUACCUUCUGCCAGAGUCACCGUUCCAGUCUCAAAGACUAUAGGGGAACAGCUUUUGGCCCUCAUCGAGGAGAGCGACGCCCUCCCAAUUGUUGCCACCGUCCCCAUAACGUCUCCAACUGCAUCCCAGCGACCAGCAGGGGACCUGGACCGCGAAACGGGACUCUUGCUUCCUCCUCCUAACGUUGAUACCCGUGAUGGAAACCAGAAGUCGACCAAGGAAGAACCCAACGAAGAGUUGCCGCUGUCCGAAUGGGGGACUGCAGCUCGUGUUCUCCGUCUCAUUCGACCCCCAGCUUCCACCAGGACAACCCCGAGACAACCCUAUCUCGUCUCCUUACAUGGUCUCACCAGAAUCAAGUUGAUUAACCGCUCGAAACCCAAGAACAAACUGACAUUAUCCAUUCUCAACACCUCUCUACCCAACCGGGAUGUCGAAUAUGCACCACAGGAUACGGUUCCGAGCAGGGAAGCCGUCGAACGCUUCAAGCAAUCGGCUUCACGGCUGUUGGAACGGCUCAGCCGUGACUCCAUGCAGAUGAGCAGAAGGGAAGGAUAUUCCAAGGUUCUCGGGAUGUUGGAAGACAUCCAGGAUGCCCGAACUCCUUGGAUGGCGGACGUGAUGAUUAGCACGGUGGGGUGUGACUAUGCGGAUAAACUCGCUAUCCUCUCCUCAGCAGACUCGGACGCACGUUUACAGACCGCCACCAACAUCUUCCUCAAACAAGCUUCCAUCUCCGAGGUGUCUCGCAAGAUUGCAAGUGCCGUGGACGAAUCCCUUUCGAAACAACAGAAAGAAUUCUUCCUCCGCCAACAACUGGCCGCCAUCCAGCGCGAACUCCAGGCACUACAACGUUCCAACAGUGGCACCAACUCCAACCCUGCCGAGGCAGGUUCCACUAGCGAACUGGAUGACGACGAGCAGCACGAAGCUGAUGAUCUUGCUGAUCUGAAGCGACGAAUCGAGGCGAUGGCGCCGGGGAGUGAGGAGAGAAAGAUGGGUGUGAGGGAGUGGAGAAGAUUGAAGAGAAUUCCUCAGGGUAGCGUCGAGAACGGGGUCAUUCGAACAUACCUCGAAUGGCUCACCUCGAUCCCGUGGCCCAACUCCACCACUCUUCCUUCCACUUCUGCGACAACUUCAACCUCAGUCACCACGCUCGAUUUGAAGGACCGAGGGUUCCUCGACAAUGCUCGUGCUCAGCUCGAUGCUGACCACUUUGGCCUCGAGAAGAUCAAGAAACGGCUAAUUGAAUACCUUGCCGUCGUCCGUUUGAAGGAAAUGAACGCUGAGAAGGAGAGGUUGUUGGAGGAGAAGGCGGCAGCAGCGAAAGCCGACUCCACGGAAGGGAAGGAAGUCGUCUUGUACGACAAGGCAAAAGCUCAGGAGCAGCAGAGGGCCGUCCAGACACCCUCUCCCGCUCCACUUAUUCAGCCUCCUCGGCCAAGGAAGGGAGUUCGAGGUCCUAUUUUGCUAUUCGUCGGUCCCCCCGGAACAGGCAAGACAUCUCUUGGCCAAAGCAUUGCCAAAUCACUUGGUCGUCCCUUCCAACGCAUUUCCCUCGGCGGUGUGCGAGAUGAAGCCGAGAUUAGGGGCCACAGACGCACCUACGUCGCCAGCGGUCCAGGUCUUAUCGUUCAGGCGUUGAGGAAAGCAGGCCGUCCGGAUCCUGUGUUAUUGCUGGACGAAAUUGACAAGAUCGGUCAGAGCAAUUUCCACGGCGAUCCUGGGGCAGCGCUAUUGGAGGUUCUGGACCCUGAACAGAAUUGGAGUUUCAAUGACCAUUACAUCAACGUCCCCAUCGACUUGAGUCAAGUCUUGUUCAUCUGCACUGCGAACUCGUUAGAGACUAUCUCUGCUCCACUUCUGGAUCGGUGUGAAGUAAUCCAGCUGAGCGGCUACACUUAUGACGAGAAGCUUCACAUUGCUAGACGAUUCCUGCUUCCCAAACAACUCACCGCCAAUGGCCUAGAGAAGGAACACGUCAACAUUACCGAGCCUGCCAUGCUCGAGAUCGCCACUAGAUACACAAGAGAAGCCGGAGUCCGUAGCCUAGAACGCGCCAUCGGCGGCGUGGUGAGGUUCAAGGCCGUCGAAUGGGCCGAGUUCCUCGACAAGGGUGGCGAUCCCAAUACCUUGACCCAACCUGAUCCUCCUAUGGAUGCUUCACCUCCCACCUACCGACGCGCAGUCCUUGUCUCCGACCUCGAGAAAAUUCUCGGUAUUGCGCGCUACGAUGAAUCCGAAUCUGAGCGGGAGCUGCGCAGGGGUAUCGUCUACGGCCUUGUCGUCACCGGUGCCGGCGAGGGCGGGAUCAUGCCCGUCGAAACUAUCGCCGUCCCUGGCUCAGGAAAGCUCAAACUCACCGGCAGCCUCGGCGACGUGAUCAAAGAGAGCGGCGACCUUGCACUGAGCUGGGUGAAGCGGUACGCUUGGGAGCUGGGUCUGGUGGAUAGCCCGAUGGAGGAUGUGCUCAAGUCCGGGAGGAUCCUGGGGUUGGGGAGCAAGGAAACGGCCAUUGAUGUGCAUUUGCACUUGCCGGCGGGCGCUCAGAAGAAGGAUGGUCCUAGUGCUGGCAUUGCGAUGGUGUGUGCGAUGGUUUCGCUUCUGACGGGUGCUUGUGUGCCUACGAACAUCGCCAUGACGGGAGAGAUCACGCUGAGGGGACGGGUGACCGCUGUGGGUGGUAUCAAAGAGAAGGUCCUGGGCGCUCAUCGGGCACAAAUGACCAAGGUAAUCCUUCCAUAUGCCAACCGCAAGGACGUUGAGCACGACGUGGCUCUUGAAAUUCGCAACGAAAUGGAGUUUGUAUUUGUCAAGACCCUGAGAGAGGCGUUGGAAGCGGCGUUUGGCGAGGGUGCUUUGGGAUGGAGGCGCAACGCCACUGGUGGCCACCUGUUAAUGGAGAGUCGUUUGUGA